CUUUGAAAGGGGCGUGUUGGAGCGAGGGGGAGUCUCCCUCCGCUGCGAUCCCUCACACAACUAGCGUCGCGCUCCGCUCGCAGACACUCGGACCUCACCUCCGUCCCUCUCUCCGGCCUCACUCGAGCACUGACAGCGGCGGCAGAGAUGUCCGGGGCGGUGGCACCGAAGCGGCAGGACACGCGGAAAUUCUUCGAGAACCUGUCGGGGGACGGCAAGUCCAUCGCGGUGCUGACGAGCGGCGGAGAUGCUCAAGGCAUGAACGCCGCCGUCCGAGCCGUGGUCCGGAUGGGCAUCUACGUGGGAGCGAAGGUCUACUUCAUCCAUGAGGGCUACCAGGGGAUGGUGGACGGCGGCGACAACAUCAAGGAGGCGACGUGGGAGAGCGUCUCCAGCAUGUUGCAAGUGGGCGGCACUGUGAUCGGCAGCGCUCGCUGUAAAGAGUUCCGGACUCGAGAGGGUCGACUGAGAGCUGCGCGCAACCUGGUGGAGAAGAACAUCACCAACCUGUGUGUGAUCGGAGGAGACGGGAGUCUGACCGGUGCCAACCUGUUCAGGGAGGAGUGGAGCGGCCUGCUGGAGGAGCUGCGGCAGCAAGGUUUGAUCGACGACGACACGGCGUGCAAUAACUCGGUGCUGCACAUCGUCGGCAUGGUCGGCUCCAUCGACAACGACUUUUGCGGCACCGACAUGACCAUCGGCACCGACUCGGCGCUGCACCGCAUCAUCGAGGUGGUGGACGCCAUCAUCACCACGGCACAGAGCCACCAGAGGACGUUCGUGUUGGAGGUGAUGGGCCGGCACUGCGGGUACCUGGCGAUGGUCAGCGCUCUGGCGUGUGGCGCCGACUGGGUCUUCAUCCCAGAGAUGCCUCCAGAGGAUGGCUGGGAGGACAACAUGUGCCAGAAACUGUCCGAGAACCGGCAGGAGAGGAAGCGCCUGAACAUCAUCAUCGUCGCCGAAGGAGCCAUUGACAGCCACAACAAGCCGAUCACGCCGGACUACAUCAAGGAGCUGGUGGUGCGGCGUCUUGGCUUCGACACUCGCGUCACCAUCCUGGGCCAUGUGCAGCGUGGAGGGACGCCGUCUGCCUUUGACCGGAUCCUGGCCAGUCGUAUGGGCGUGGAGGCGGUGUUAGCGCUGCUGGAGGCCUCCGCCGACACGCCGGCGUGUGUUGUGUCUCUGGUGGGAAACCAGGCUGUCCGACUGCCCCUGAUGGAGUGUGUUCAGAUGACCCAGGAAGUCCAGAAGGCCAUGGACGAGAAGAAGUUUGAGGAGGCUGUGAAGCUGCGCGGCAGGAGCUUCGAGAACAACCUCAUCACCUACCGCCUCCUCUCAAAUCGCAAUGUUGAUGCUGAGCUUCCAAAUAGCUCCUUCAAUGUGGCGGUGCUGAAUGUGGGUGCUCCGGCGGCUGGGAUGAACGCCGCUGUGCGCUCGGCGGUGAGAGUAGGAAUCGCAGAGGGUCACAAGAUGUUCGCUGUGAACGACGGCUUUGAGGGAUUCUACAAGGGACAGAUCAAGGAGAUCAAAUGGGGGGAUGUCGGCGGCUGGACCGGCCAGGGAGGCUCCCUGCUGGGCACCAAGAGAACUCUUCCUGGGAAACAUCUGGACCAGAUAGCGGAGCAGAUGAGGAUCAACAACAUCAACGCUCUGCUUGUCAUCGGAGGCUUCGAGGCUUACGUGGGUUUACUGGAACUUUCCGCGGCCAGAGACAAGUACAGCGAAUUCUGCGUGCCCAUGGUUAUGGUCCCGGCCACGGUUUCCAACAACAUUCCCGGGUCCGACCUCAGCAUUGGCUCGGAUACCGCUCUGAACGCCAUUACUGAUGCUCUAGAGUGUCUGCUGGAGCUGUACGAGGCGCGAGCCAACUAUGAGGAGUUUUGUGUCCCGAUGUGCAUGCUGCCCGCCACCAUUAGUAACAAUGUUCCCGGCACUGACCUCUGUCUGGGCGCCGACACGGCCAUCAACACCAUCGUGGAGACGUGCGACCGCAUCAAGCAGUCAGCUAGCGGCACCAAGCGGCGCGUCUUCAUCAUCGAGACGAUGGGCGGCUACUGCGGUUACCUGGCCACGGUUGGGGGUCUGGCCGCCGGAGCCGACACCGUCUUCAUCUACGAGGAACCCUUCGACAUCAGAGAUCUGCAGGGUAACGUGGAGCACCUGACUCAAAAGAUGAAGACGAGCAUCCAGCGAGGCUUGGUGCUCAGAAACGAGAACUGCAACGAGAACUUCACCACCGACUUCAUCUACCAGCUCUACUCUGAGGAGGGACGAGGCGUGUUCGACUGCAGGAAGAACAUCCUGGGACACAUGCAGCAGGGUGGCGCUCCGUCUCCCUUCGACAGGAACUUCAGUACCAAGAUAGCGGCAAAGGCGGUCCAGUGGAUCACCAAGACCCUGAAGGACUCGAUCAAAGGAGGGCGGGUGUUUGCCAACUCCGCAGACAGCGCCUGCCUUCUGGGGAUGAGGCGCCGCGCCCUGGUCUUCCAGCCCGUGUCACAACUUCGGGACGAGACCGACUUCGUCCACCGGAUCCCGAAGGAGCAGUGGUGGCUGAAGCUCCGCCCCCUGAUGAAGAUCCUGGCCAAGUACAAGACGAGCUACGACGUGUCUGACUCGGGCCAGUUGGAACACGUGGCCCGCUUCAGAGCAAAGGAGAGUGACACGAUGGCCAGCAUCUGAACCGUGGGACCUCCGAGACCCGACCCAAGUCUGAUGAGGGGGCGGCGGAGGUGACUCCUCCGGACCAGACCCGGCGCCCGGCUCAAGUCCCAGACUGGGGGGUUCUAAAUAUUUAAUGAAUAUAUAAACUAGAGUUUAAAAUAUUGUCAGAAGGUUUCAUGUUCAAGUCUCGUGUCGCUCAAACGUCCGCUGCUUCAUGUCAAGACUGUUCUGCUGGACAAACCUUCGAGCCGUCUUCGUUCGUGAGUCCACCGCUGCUGUGGUGAUCAUGUGACUGUGUGUAACUUCCCCCGUGUGUCUCAAUAAUAAAGUGUUUGU